CGCUGCUUUCCGUAGCGCGACUGGUCUAAGUUUGGAAAUUGAGGAAGUGAGCAGCUAGCGGGCAAAUCACAAAGCACCACCAAACAUCCAACAGUUAUCAGCUUUCACGCAAUAAUAUACACUAUGGCAUAUCAGCUUUACAGAAAUACGACACUCGGAAACAGCCUACAGGAAAGUCUUGAUGAACUUAUUCAGACUCAACAGAUUACUCCACAGUUAGCCCUCCAAGUACUAUUACAGUUUGAUAAGGCCAUCAACACAGGAUUAGCCAACCGGGUCCGCAACAGAGUAAAUUUUAGGGGAUCGCUUAACACUUACAGGUUCUGUGAUAAUGUUUGGACGUUUGUUUUAAAUGAUGUUGAGUUUCGGGAGGUGACUGAGCUGGUCAAGGUGGACAAAGUCAAAAUUGUAGCAUGUGAUGGCAAAAACACCGGUUCUAAUGCAGCUGAGUAAGAAUAAGGGGCGAGAGACCGAGAAGUGCAUUUCUGGCUGAUGGGAAGGAUGAAAAGAGUUGAAGACAAGGCACACAGCAGCUGGGACUGUGUAUAUAUUAUUUAUUACAAGAAACAGUUCUUCAGCCUUCAAACAACAACCUGCUUAGUGAAGGACUGACAAAAGUAUGGAGCACACAAGGCCUUGGAUGUCACAUGGAAUUUUUCUUUUUUUAUAUAUAUAUAUAAAUAUAUAUAAUUUUCAUAGAAAUGCCGAUGCUUUUCAGUUUCUCACAAUUUAGCUUAUUCUUUAAUAAACAUGUUUUAAAGGUUGCCAGUUUCUCUUUGAAUGAUGAAUGUCUUAAUGAAUAUUUACAUCAUCUCAUUAGUGAUUGAACAGUAAAUCAAGACUGUUGUAGAGUGACUUUAAUGUAAUCAAAAUUAAAUAAUGAGUGUCUCAAUUAAUAAUUAAUUUGUGUGCAUAACAUUUGCAGAAGGUGAACAAGUGCUACAUUCUCACCUUAAACCAUGCAAAAUAAAACAAAUAUUUAUUUGACUAUCCCUCUCAAUGAGAGAAUUGUUUAUUGUAGUAGUGAAGAAUUAGUUUUCAAUAUUUGAAAAUUGUUGAAUAAAUUAACCAAGUCAAAUGAUAAUGGCAGAAAAUCACUAUAUAAUAUUAACGGGAUAGUUCAACAAAAAUGGAAAAUUAUCUAUUUUUCUCACUUUAAUGCCAUCCCAGAUGUGUAUGAAUUUCUCAACUCUGUAAGUCAAAGCAAUGCAAGUGAAUGGGUACCAAAUUCUGAAAGUCCAACAAGCACACAAAUGCAGCGUAAAAGUAAUCCGUUUGACUCCAGUGGUUAAAUCCAUGUCAAGAUGUGAUAGGUGUGGGUAAGAAACAGAUCAAUAUUCAAGUCCUUGUUUACUAUAAAUCUCCACUUUCACUUCCACAUUCUUUUGUUACUUUUUUUUAUUUUCUCCCCAAUUUGGAAUUCCCAAUGUGUUCUAGAUCCUCAUGGUGGUGUAGUGACUUGCCUCAUUCCAGGUGGCGGAGGACGAAUCUCUGUUGCCUCCACGUCUGAGACCGCCAAUCCACGCAUCUUAUCACGUGGCUUAUUGAGCGCGGAAACAGCGCAUGUGCAGGCUUCGUGCUAUUCUUCGCGGCAUCCACACACAACCCACCACACGCCCCACCAAGAGCGAGAACCACAUUAUAGCAUCCACAAGAAGGUUACCCCAUGUGACUCUAACCUCUCUAGCAACUGGGCCAAUUUGGUCGCUUAGGAGACCUGACUGGAGUCGCUUAGCACGCCCUAGAUUUGAACUCGCGACUCGGUGAUAGUCAGCAUCUUUACUUGCUGAGCUACCCAGGACUCCAUUCUUUUGUUUUUGGAGAUUUGCAUUAUUUGUGCAUAUUGCCACCUACUAGGCUGGGAGGAGAAUUUCAAGUAAAAAAGUAAAUUUCAAGUCAACAUUUUUAUUUGUAUAGUGCUUUUCACAACACAC